GUUAAUACUUUCACUUGAAAGAUAUAUAAGGUAUCUAAAAUUCUAAAUUGAUUAAUUUAAAAAAAAAUUAUUUCAAAACAAAUGCAGUAAGAAACAAGAAGAGUUUUUGUCUGUUAACAGAUUACGUGCUCUGAAGCUCAGUUUUGCAUUCUAUUUCUAAUUUUCUAUAAUAACAAUAACACCCACCCCCCCAAAAAAAAAAAAAAAAUUCGGACCUUCUGAUCUAUUUCUCCGAUCAUAUCACUUGUUAGAACCCUAAGCUUCAUCCCCAUCUAAUUCUUUCCAAAACCCCAUGUCUCCCGACAAACCACGCCAGCGGCAAAUGCUGGACUCCAUGUAUUCCAUGAUCGCUCUCGUCUUCAUUAUCGUCGCCUGCGUCCAGCUCUGUGACACAGCCACCGUCGUCGACGUCAAUCGUCUCAUUCAGUAUGAUAUCUCCGGCGUCCCCUUUGGGUCUCGCCUCGCCACCCUCAAUCAUCACGCCGGUUCCUUGCAUUUCACUCCCGGUGCCGAUCUUUCGCGUACUGUCGUUAUCAUCCCUAUUCGCAAACACAACAUUACUUUUGUUAAAGGUGAUCUUUUCCAGUUAUAUUACUCAAGAAAGCCUUUUGGAGGAUUGCUGUUUUUGCUUCCUCGAAUAUUCAAUUUUGAAGAUAGAGGUGCCACGGGGAGUGAGGAUCAAGUGUAUGACAAAGGGCUGAUGAAGACUGUCUUGGCUGAGCUUGAACGAUUACUUAUACAUGCCAACAUACCUUAUCCUGUGUAUUUUGCUUUUGAGAAUGAUGAUAUUGGUGCUGUGUUGGCUGAUGUCAAGAGGAAUGAUGCAACUGGUCAACCUGCUACUGCAACUAGUGGCGGAUACAAGCUUGUUGUCUCAGCACGAAAGAGAAUUGCAUCUCCUAUCAUUGCAAACAUUCAGGGAUGGUUACCAGGCUUGAAAGCAGAUGGAGAUCCAAAUCAACUUCCAACCAUUGCUAUUGUUGCAUCAUAUGAUACAUUUGGGACAGGCAACUCAUAUGAUACCCAUCAGCUGCAGUUUGUAUCAGCCCUAAAUGUUAAUCAUCUUUUAUAGGUUUCUACCUUCUUUGCCUUUCCUAUUAACAUAAAUGCUUAUAACUACUUUUUGUUUAUUGUAGUCCACUUAUGUUUCUUGUUUCAUCUCCUGCAGUGGCUUCGGAGCUUUGAUCAACGCCUAUGUGAGAGCAUUGAUUAUGCUAUUUGCUUAAAUAGCAUUGGCUCAUGGGAUAAUGAAUUGUGGAUUCAUGUGUCUAAGCCUCCAGAAAAUGCCUAUAUUAAGCAAAUUUUUGAAGGUUUUUCUAAUGUAGCAAAAGAGUUGGGGCUCGAAGUUAGUCUGAAACACAAGAAAAUCAAUAUUUCAAAUCCUAGAGUAGCUUGGGAGCAUGAACAAUUUUCAAGGCUGAGGAUCACUGCUGCCACACUUUCUGAGCUCUCUGCGGCUCCUAAAAUAUUAGAAAGCACUGGAGGUCUUUCAGAUAUCAGAUAUUUUGUAAAUGAUACAGCAAUUGCCAGAAGUAUUAAUUUAGUUGCUGAGAGUAUUGCGAGGCAUAUCUACAGUCAUCAAGGGGAGAACAUAAAAGUCUUUGCAGAUGACAGUAGUUUGUCUGUAAAUCCUUCUUACAUAAGGUCAUGGUUGGAUCUUUUGUCUAGAACACCUCGAGUGGCACCGUUUCUUUCAAAAAAUGACCCAUUUGUGAUGGCAUUGAAGAAGGAACUAGAAGAUCAUGCCCAUGAAAUAAAUGUACAAAUUGAAGUCCUUGAUGGGAUGUUCACAUUCUAUGACUCAACUAAAGCUAAGCUAAACAUAUAUCAGGUUGCUAGUGUAACAUUUGAUUUGCUGUUGCUUCGGGUGCUGGGAUCAUAUUUGAUAGUGCUAUUUAGUUUUCUCAUCAUCACAACUAGGGGUCUUGAUGAUCUUAUAAGCUUAUUCCGACGGCCUCCCUCUCGUAAGGUGAAAACAGCUUGAUGAUUGAAGCUGGAUUUGGGCAUUGAAGAAUGUCUUGUUGAAGAUCAUCUCUUGUAGCUUGGAAUUUUACACUUCUGGGAGGACUUCGUUGGGGAUCGCUAGCAAUGUGUUGUCGAUUAGUUCAAAACCACGGGGAUCAUUUUAUUUUUGGUCCUAGGAAGAUAUUUGUAGUUUAUUUGCCAAAAUGAGAACUAUUGACAUAGCUGCUAGAAAAAUUUUGUUAAGAUACAAUUUCAAGCCAAAAUACCAUUGCCAGCAUUUUUGUGAAGGAUCACAAACAAUAUUGGGAUUAUGUGAUGCUUGCUUUGUGCA